CCCCAAUGCCUAAUACAAAUGACAGAUGCUUCACAACAAGUUCUAGAAAAACAAGACAAGAAGAAAUGAAUGGAUAUAUAUCCCAAGUUGGCAGGAAAAAAACAAUGCUCUUGAAGAAACUUGCCAAGGAUGAAAUCAGUCCUAACUGA